UAGAAUGCAUCUCCGAUCUCUUCGCCGCCUUGGUUUUCUCUUCUUCGAGGCGGAGCUUGGGCUUCAGCUCUGCGACUGCGGGGGCGCGUCUCCUUCGGUUGUCUCUCCUUCACUUCGGCGGCGCUCUUGGUGAUCCGCAUUUUUCUGGAGAGGUUGGAGCUGAGGAGCAAUGGUUGGAAGCUUGGGGAAUGGUUUUUUGAUGGAUCUGGGCGAAAAGGUGGAGCCUUUGCCGCAGGAGUUCGAUCCGAAGGAGAUCUCGUGCGGGAUCACGUCGGAGGUGAAUGGGGCUGUAGGGGAGAAUGGGAAGGAGAGGGAGAUCGUUCUUGGGAGGAAUGUGCAUACGAUGUGUCUCACGAUCGAUGAGCCGGAGGCCGAUGACGAGGUCACUGGCGAGAAGGAAGCUUAUAUGGCCGGUGUUCUAGCGAGGUAUCGGAAGUCCCUUAUCGAGAGGACCAAACACCAUCUUGGUUAUCCCUAUAAUUUGGACUUUGAUUAUGGUGCUCUGGGUCAGCUGCAACAUUUCUCAAUUAACAACCUGGGUGAUCCCUUCAUUGAGAGCAAUUAUGGUGUUCAUUCGAGGCAGUUCGAAGUAGGAGUGUUGGAUUGGUUUGCUCGUCUUUGGGAACUUGAGAAGGAUGAAUAUUGGGGUUACAUCACAAAUUGUGGUACAGAAGGCAAUUUGCAUGGUAUUCUUGUUGGGAGGGAAGUAUUUCCUGAUGGAAUUUUAUAUGCAUCAAAGGAGUCACAUUACUCUAUCUUCAAGGCUGCAAGAAUGUACAGGAUGGAAUGUGUAAAAGUCAACACUUUGAUCUCUGGUGAGAUUGAUUGUGCAGACUUUGCUGCCAAACUGAUACUGAAUAAGGAUAAACCGGCAAUUAUUAAUGUCAACAUUGGGACUACUGUUAAGGGAGCAGUUGAUGACCUUGAUUUGGUCAUAAAAACUCUUGAGGAAACUGGAUUCACUGAUCGAUUCUAUAUUCAUUGUGAUGGUGCUCUCUUUGGGCUCAUGAUGCCUUUUGUCAAGCGUGCACCAAAAGUGACAUUCAAAAAGCCCAUUGGUAGUGUGAGUGUGUCAGGGCACAAGUUUGUUGGAUGCCCCAUGCCUUGUGGUGUGCAGUUGACUAGACUGAAGCACAUCAAUGCACUUUCAAGGAAUGUUGAAUAUCUUGCCUCUAGGGAUGCAACCAUUAUGGGGAGCCGUAAUGGUCAUGCCCCUAUCUUCCUAUGGUACACCCUUAAUCGAAAAGGAUACAGAGGAUUUCAAAAAGAAGUCCAGAAAUGCUUAAGAAAUGCUCAUUAUCUAAGAGAUCAUCUUCGAGCAGCUGGAAUUAGUGCCAUGCUCAAUGAGCUUAGUAGCACGGUGGUGUUUGAGAGGCCAAAAGAUGAGGAGUUUAUUCGCAGGUGGCAGCUGGCUUGUGAAGGCCGCAUUGCACAUGUUGUUGUAAUGCCAAAUGUUAACAUCGAUAAGCUUGACAAUUUCCUGAAUGAACUUGUUCAAAAACGUGCAAGCUGGUACCAAGAUGAGAAGAUCCAACCACCUUGUGUAGCAGCAGAACUAGGUGAAGACAAUUGUGUUUGUGCUCUGCAUAAGAAUUAAUGUCUUAGUGUGAAAGAAAGUUGUAUCUUUUAUUGUUUACCAUCAUGUUUUGUUGUUGAUUAUUCUCAAACUAGUAAUUAAUGAAGGGAAAUACAGCUAAUAAUUGCCAUUA